AUGGUUCACAUACCCAAGGCUUAUAAUUACGACUUUUGGGUUAAAACCCCAUCAGACGAUGUUGAGUUGACAUGCCUUAUGCCUAAUGGUGUUAUAAUACCAUUAGAAGUCAAUCGCAAUACCACUUUUGGUGAAAUUAAAGAGGAUUUAUGGGAAGAAGCAAGUAAAUAUCCACUCCAUGGUACACUAAAAGACGCACCAUCUUAUGUAUUUUCAUGCAUAAACACAAACGCCGAAGCCGAAGAAAUAAGAGACGAAAGUCGACUGUGUGAUGUCAAACCAUUCUGUUCUGUAUUAAAAGUCAUCGAGAGAGAAUGCGUAAAAAGCGACAGAAAUUUGGAUUCACAAAUAGGUUCAUUGAUCGGCAAAGGUUUGCACGAGUUUGCUUCAUUGAAAAACUCCGAAGUUAAUGACUUCAGAUGGAAACUCAGACUUCUCGGGGAUGAAUAUGCACAAGCGAGACGUAAUAAACAGUGGGAGGAAAAAGUUCGGUAUCAGUUUCGACCCAGACUGGCACAAACGCCAGACAUACCCAAAAAUAUUGAAUCUCGACUUAAAGAUGGCAAUAUGGUUGUAGUUACCAAAUUUGAAAAUACCGAGACGACAUACACCUUCCAAAUAUCUCACGAUACAACACCAUAUCAAUUAAUAGUUUUAAUAUUAAACAAACGUGCAAACACACUGAUGUCAAAGGGUGAAAAGCCGAAUGAUUUUACACUGAAGAUAUGCGGCCAAGAAGAAUAUUUAAUUGGCGAGCAUCCAUUAAUUCAAUACACAUACAUUCAAGAUUGUAUAUCUAAGGAUGUGUCACCAACAUUGAUAACAGUAAGCAUUCGCAAUGUUAUGAUCGACAACGAUUACUCGUUAGAAAAUCCAGAACUGGAUUCACUUAAGCGAUCACGGCCAACUUUUUCAACUUUAACGUUGCGGAAAAAAGGCAAACAUAUAUCCGCGCUUAAACUUGAUAAUUAUUUCGAGUUUACAGUCAAUGGAAUUUCACGAUUAAACUGUGACGCUGCUCAUCGAACUGUCGAGGUCGGAGUACAAGCUGGUUUAUUUCACGGUGGUAAAUCACUCUGCGAGAGUCGAAAAACCAAAGAAAUGACCGUUUCAGCAGACGGUAGUUGUACCUGGGAUGAAACACUUAAAUUUGAUCUUCGUGUUAAAGACAUACCUAAGAAUGCGAAGCUGUGUUUUGUCCUUUACGAGUUAAGCAAAUCAGGAAAAGGCCUAAAAAAUCGUAGACUGAUAAAAGAUUCUAAACAAGAGUACUUUAUAAAUGCAAUGUGGUGGGCUAAUACAGCUAUUUAUGACUUCAAGUCUCAGUUAAAAACAGGUGCAAUGACACUUUACACCUGGACUUAUGCUGAAGAGAUGCAAAAUGAAGAUUUACUUCAUCCACUUGAUAAAUCCGUUCUCUACCCAACACCCGAGAAACUCGUAGAGUAUGCAGCUAAAUUACGCGAGUCUUCUGAAGACCGUAGCCUUGAAUUAGAAGCUAACGAACAGCAAUGGGAACAAUUAAAAUUAUUAGCAGACCGCUAUCCACUCCACGAGCUUCAUGAACAAGAAAAAAAGACAAUGUGGGCUUUGAGAAGACAGUGUCUGACUAAAAUGCCGAAUUUGUUACCCAAAUUGCUGCAGUGUGUCGAGUGGAAUGAUCACAGAGAAGUAGCUGAAGCUACCGCUUUAAUCCAGCAAUGGCCGAAACUCCCGGUGGAGAAAGCUCUUGAGCUUCUGGACUUUGCAUACGCGGACCAAAAUGUCAGGAGUUUCGCUGUUCGCUGUUUGAAAGACCUGAGAGAUGAAGAACUAAAUCUUUAUUUGCUACAAUUAGUUCAAGCGUUAAAGCACGAAAAUUACUUGUCGUGUGAUCUCACUGAAUUCUUGCUAAGGCGAGCGCUGGAUAACCAGAGGAUAGGUCACUAUUUAUUCUGGCAUCUCAGGCCUGAAAUGCACGUAGCGUCGGUAUCAGUGAGAUUUGGAUUAAUACUUGAAGCUUAUUGCCGAGGAGCUCAACAACAUAUGAAACAUUUAAAGAAACAAGUUGAAUUGUUGAAUAAAUUAAAAAAUUUAUCUGAACAAAUAAAGCUAAGAAAAGAUCGUAAAGCUGCGCUGCAAUAUUUGCACGAUUUUUUACAAGAAGAGCAUUGCCAAGAAGCGCUGUCUAAUGUAUUAAAUCCACUGGACCCGCGCUAUCGAUUGCGACGAAUCCGAGCUGAAAAGUGUCGAAUUAUGGACAGUAAAAUGAAACCACUGUGGCUUGUGUUUGAAAAUUCAGACACAUUUGGAGAAGAUAUUUAUGUUAUCAUGAAACACGGAGAUGAUUUGAGACAAGAUAUGUUGACAUUACAGAUGUUUAAAAUAAUGGAUAAAUUAUGGAAGGAAGAAGGCUUAGACUUUCGUAUGAAUUUAUAUAAUUGCAUAUCUACUGAUCAUAAAACUGGGAUGAUUGAAGUUGUCUUGAAUGCUGAAACAAUUGCUAAUAUUCAAAAAGAAAAAAAUAUUUUUUCAGCUACAGCUGCUUUCAAGUGCGGUUCAUUGAUCGCUUGGCUCAAAGAUCACAAUUCAACAAAAUCAGAGCUCGAUAAAGCAAUUGAAGAGUUUACUCUCAGUUGCACGGGCUACAGUGUCGCGACUUAUAUUCUCGGAAUAGCUGACCGCCAUCCGGAUAAUAUUAUGGUGAAGAAAAGUGGACAGUUGUUCCAUGUGGACUUCGGUCAUAUUCUAGGUCACUUCAAAGAAAAAUUUGGAGUCAAGCGUGAGCGUGUACCUUUUGUGCUCACUAAUGACUUUGUUCAUGUUAUUAAUAAGGGACAAGCGAAAAAGAGUCAAGCUCCGGAGUUUCAGAGGUUUCAGGAGUACUGUGAAACGGCUUUCUCGGUAUUAAGGUGUCAUGGCGGGUUGAUUGUUUCACUUUUUGCUAUGAUGAUAUCAACUGGAUUGCCGGAACUCUCUUGCGAGAAAGAUCUUAAUUAUUUAAGAGACACUUUGGUAUUGGAGAUGUCAGAAGAAGAAGCACAAAAUCAUUUCAGGAGUAAGUUCAACGAAGCUCUUGUUAAUUCAUGGAAAACUUCGUUAAAUUGGGCGUCGCAUAAUGUCGCCAAGAACAAUAAAACAAUAUAA